GCCACAUAUUACACACACUUCAGUUCCUUCAACCGUUUGAUUUCCUCAUUUGUACGCUCCGUAUAUUCCACACGUUCAGAUAUUCACUGUGUCCGUAAACAAAAUAAUGGCCACAUCUCUCUCGGUCCGGCCCAACCGUGCCAUCAUCGGUAGUGACCCGGCCGGUUCAGUCCGGCCUAAUCCAAUUCGCCGCCGUUAUCCACCUUCUGCUCAUUUGCCGAAAAAUCCGAAUUCCGAUUGUUCCCGGCGCCGGAGGCUUGCGUUUGCUUUCGGCCGCCGGAAAUUGGACACCGCCGUUCAAGCAGGUUCUAGAGCUGAUGAUUCGGCUCCGUUCGAGAUGUCGGUAGAGAAUGCUUUGAAGUUGCUAGGUGUUAGUGAGGGUGCGAGCUUCGAUGAUAUUCUUCGUGCUAAAAAAUCAAUUAUUUCUUCUUGUAAAGAUGAUCCAGAUACAAUUGCGCAGGUUGAGGCUGCCUAUGAUAUGCUUCUCAUGCAAAGCUUAUCACAGAGGAGAUCUGGAAAAGUUGUGGAUAGUAGUGUACGCUUUGCUGAUGUUAAAGCUAGUAAUGCUUCUGGAAUGGGAUCAAUGCCCAAGUGGCUGCAGACGACUGUCAAGAGCUCACCAGUCUCAGUUGAAGCACCAGCUGCUAAAGAGCUAGGUGUUCAAGCAGGAGUAUAUGGAGCCUUAAUGGUCCUAACAUAUGUUAAUGGAGCCUCAACACCUUUAGGAGUAUCAUAUGGAGCUGAUGUUCCAGGAUUAAUCUUAGCCACAAGCUUUGGGGCCACCUUGUACUUCAUGACCAAGAAAAAUGUCAAGUUGGAUCUGCUGUGGUAUUUCGUAUGAUACAAAAAAACACACGAUGAGUUGAUUUGGUGAGAGUUAUUAAGGGAAAGCAGGCGUUAUAACAAUUGGUGGGCUGGUUGCUGGUGCAGUGGUAGGUUCAGCAGUAGAAAAUUGGUUGCAAGUAGACAUUGUCCCAUUUCUGGGUAUACACACUCCUGCUACGGUUGUGAGUGAAUUUAUACUUAUCUCACAAUUUCUGGUCUCGUUGUAUCUGAUAUAGGGUAGCACAAAGACUUGUAUGAAUUGCUAUUGCAAGGUCUGUGGUUAUUUGUUGCCUACUCAGGUUCUCAUCUAGGACCAGUAAUUUGUCAAAUGUACAAAAGAAUGUUUCUUAAACUCUGGAAGUUCUGAUAUUUGUUUUAUAAAGCUAGUAUAGAUAAUCA